AAAGUAGUGCAAUAACAUACCAAAUUUUAUUUCAUUUCUGGCUUUUCCUCAAGAAUUUCGUCGAGGUAUUCUCCGCUUUUGUUGGGUAAACCUGCGUUUGAUCGACAGCGUUGGCGCCGCUCUUUGACAAGUCGGCGCUCGAAGGAAUAUUCUCCAAAAAGUUCAGGCUUAAGCCACACAACGGCAGAUUCGACAGCUAACUACUCUUCAUUUAAUUCGAAAUGCAUAGUAAGUUCGCUGACACAGAACUAUCCGAAGUUAUCAUGGCCUAUCCCGAACAAUCCUUGCCUCGAAAAAAUCGACCGUUUGAAAAGCGGCUCGAUCGAAGUAGAGGAAAAAAAUCGUUACACCGGCAAGAAGGAAACAAACAUGGAAACACACAUGGAAACCAACGAAGACACUGGAACCAAACCUUGGACUCUGAAUUCAUGCCGCCUGUUUGAUGAAGUACCAAAUGAUAUAUUGGAAUCAUUGCAAGACACUGAAAGCCAGAUUGAUGCUAAAGAUGAGGAGUUCAUACUCGACCUUCGGCUGCUUGAUGAGUUGAACACCAAACCAACAGAAAGUUUGUUGGACUUGUGUGAGUCACCAGGUUGUAUGGACGAUCCAUUCUUCGAGCAAUACCUUGAUAUCGACAAGCUGUUUCCAGAUCUCCCACAUCUUGACACAAUGGAUUUGGGGUUUGAAGUGGAGCAUACUUUACCAGUCUCCACUUCAGACAUCUGCCAGUCAGAUAUUGUGAAGAUGGAGACUGCAAGAACUGCUGAGUACUCAGAUGUGGCUUCUCCUGGUAGUGAUGUAAUUGACAUUGUCUCACUUGGUAGUGAAUCCGAGGUCUUCUCAUCUGCUGGAGACUUUACUGACACAGCACUCUCCCCUGAGAGUGUAGUAGAUGUUGUGUCUCUGGAAGAGGACUGCGACAAUCUACUGUCAAGUAUGCAUCAACUUACCUCUGAUUCCAACGGAGAAGAAAUGGCUGAUACAGCUGUGGAAGAAAUCACAGUCAUCCAAUCAUCAGAUGCACUGACUCUUCUCACUCAAGAACUGGUACAGUCCUUUGUUAGCACUGAGCCUGUGGCUGUGCCUUUGUCAGUUCAGAAUGUGGACAGUAGCUCUGAAAAUAUUUCAACUGUGACUGUUGACAUUGGUGAACUUUUUUCUCUUUCUGAUGAUCUUGGACAGGUGCCUAAUGUUAGUUUGCUUAGUGUAGGAGAUGUAUGUACAGUUAGUCACAAAAGUGGUAUGAAUGUUCAACAUAAUCAGACAAGAAAACGAGUUCAUUCCGCUGAUGGUUGUAAAUCACUUGCUAAGAAAGUCAAACAGUAUUCAGACAAAGAGACUGAACAUAAUAAAGUCAUGGGUAUUGCAAGUACUCUUGACAAACAAACAGUGAGACGAUUAAAGAAUAACAUUGCAUCAAAACAUGCUCGUGCUGCCAGAAGGCAGAAAGAACAGGAUUUGUUCCAACAAGAGGAAGAACUUGAGAAAAGUAAUGCAGAACUGCGAAAACAGGCACAAGAACUUGAACAGCUUACAACUAUGUUAAGGAAAACUCUUGUAGAGAAAUUGAGUGGCAUUACCUGUCCAGCAUAAGCAAAAGUGGUCCUACUAGUUCAAAUUAUGAAAAAAAAAAAAGUCAAAUUUAAAAAAAAAAAAAGAAGCAUAUUUAGUCGUGUCUGUUGGAAUAUCUAGUCACUAGGAUCAGCCAGCUGUAUAUAUCUUGGCUGGGACUUAAUCAUUAGUACUAUUUGUACCUUUAAUCUUGUGAGGUAAUCAAGAACUCAUGAUUGUAUUUUACCAAAGCAUCCAAACAAGUAAAUAAACCAUUUAACACAUUGCA